AUGUCGUACUACGUGCGCUCUCAUACCUUUUGUUGCUCCGUAAGAUUGGGUGUAUUCAUAAUUAGCAUCCUUGGUGUAGGUUUAGGUGGUUUGUUGACCGUUGCUGGUAUCGUCCAAUUGAAGAAUCUAGGGGAUGUACCCAUGAAGGAAAAAUGGCCGUAUAUUGUUCAAAUCAUUGUUUAUGCGGUCUACGCCAUAGUCUCGGUUCAAGCCUUUUUCGGAGCUACCUGUCGCAAGCUUUCGUUGAUCAGGUCCUACGCCGUUAUAUUGGCCAUUCACCUCAUCUUUUCCAUCGCCUCUGGUGGAUACUCCCUUUACCACUACUUUCAAGAUUCUCCUAAUGUCGUCGAGGCCUGUAUCAACGGCUCGACUGACGAUGUCAAGAUUGAGACCUGCAAGCAAGGGGAAGACGUUGUGAAGGGUGUGAUGGUCGGCGUCUUCAUUUUCGUUUGGCUGAUGGAGCUUUGGGGUGUCUUUAUCGUGAGGGAGUAUGGUCAUCAAUUGGAGGAAGAAAUCUCUCUCAGGGCCAAGGGUGGUCCAUGGUAA